UAACUAAGCUUUUUAUUUAUCAUCGUUAAGGUCAUUUUGACAGGAGCCGUAAAUUAAAAAUAAUAAAGAAAGUUGUCAAUGUGGUGAUUUGUGGACUUGUUUAUUUAUUGCAGAAAAUUAAUAAAAUACGGAUUUUAUUUACGAAAAUCACUAGCAUUUACAUAAAGCUUGAUACAUUCCUCCGUUCAUUUGCUGUACACAUCAAUUCAAGCGACGGCGCUCUACAGCCAUCGAUUCAUUGUCUUCGAGAGACCGAAGGUGAUCGGAUUAGAUGGCAGUGGAGUGGAAGACGCGGCUGCGCUGGCACACGAGGCUCAAUGCGGACUCCGUGGAGUGGUGCCCGGUGGAGCCCUACCGGCACCUGCUGGUCUGCGGCUGCUACCACUUGUCUAAUGAAGAUAAAGAAAAAGAAGCUGGACCAACGAAGCAAAAGAGACUUGGAAAAAUUUACCUCUUUUCCAUCAACCACGACACGUCUGCUCUUGUCCCAAUCCAGGAGAUAGACACAGUCGGUGUUCUGGACCAGAAGUGGUGCUACCACACCAUCCAGGACCACCCAGUGCUGUGCGUCGUCAAUUCUCAAGGCUUCGUAGAGCUGUACCGUCUCUCUGAAGGGACUCGCCUUGAACUGUGGUUAAAAGAAUCAAUCGGUACCGCAGAGGAUAUCCUCGCUCUAUCUGUCGAUUGGUCCACUAAUAAGACCGCGUCUGACAAUCCGAUGCUGGUGGUCAGUGACUCAGAGGGCGCUGUGACGGUACUGCAGAUAGGAGACGAUGGCCUGAAGAAGGUCGGGACGUGGGCCACUCACGGCUUCGAAGCGUGGACAGCUGCUUUCAACUAUUGGAAUCCGGACGUGUUUUAUUCAGGAGGCGAUGACACCUUGUUCAAGUGUUAUGACAUCAGGGUGUCUGACGCUGCUGUGGCCACGAACAAAAGCCACGAGGCUGGGGUCACGUGUGUGCGGAAACACACUGAUAUGGAGUACCAGCUCUUGACUGGAAGUUACGACCAAAUAGUGCGAUUAUGGGACACGCGGGCCCUAAAACGGAGUGUCACCGAGAAGCACGUUGGAGGCGGCAUCUGGCGGCUAAAAUGGCACCCCUACCGCCCAGACACCAUACUAGCGGCCUGCAUGUAUGGGGGGUUCCGUACGCUACAGGUUAUCGACGAGGUGUCGUUAUCAAUAGCUUGCGAGUACAAGGAACACGAGAGCAUAGCGUACGGCGCGGAUUGGAUGUUCGACGAAAACUCUUUGGUGGCCACUUGCUCGUUUUAUGAUUGCAAACUGCAUGUAAGUGAAGUUUGUUAGAAUGUUAAUAAAAAAUGUUAUAAAUACAAAAAUAAGUACACUCCAUUUGGAUUCAAACUGUAACAACUAAUCGCUAAUAUUUUAUGUAUAUAAAAAUAAUAAAAGCACAAAUGUACUAUUA